AUGCACGUCCUCUUAUUGUUUGUAUUUAGAACAUAUGCCAUCAGAAGGAUAAGAGAUGCCUUCAGAGAAAACAAGAAUAUAAAGGAUUCUGAAAAAAUAGAAGAACUAGUGAAUAAAGCCAAGGCAAACCUAGAAGUUAUUCAUCGGCAGGUUACCAUUGGCCAACUGUAUUCCACACAGAAAUUGGUUAUUGAGGGUCCAGAAAACACAUAGCUAUGAGAAGACUCUGAUCCUGAAGCAACGCUGGACCAUCUUCAGCAUCCUGCAGUGCCACAUUCAGAUGCUCAAACUCACUGCACAUGUCUGAGCUUUUCUGUUCAGCAAAAGAAAUGCCCGAGAGACUUAGUUUCUGGCAACCAAAGUACUAUUUUCUAAUGGUUCACAUGUUCUAAAAUAUAUUGCUGUGAUUUAUAAUAGUGUGUAAGCUAGUCUUGAAAUCUGUGUGCUUGUAUGUCCUACGUGAUGAAAUAGUUCCUGCCCUGCUUUGACAAUAAAACUUCAUUAAGCUACCUGUAACCAGAUACAUUAUUCUGCUGCUGACCUUUUCUCUCACCGAGCGUGAAAGAUGUGUGAGAUUUAAAACCCCUCACCCAGUUACUAAGUUCUUAUUGAUCCUGUUUCAUUUAAGAAUACAUAGCAUCUGAAUUAAAUGACUAAAUACAUGGUCCAUUUUAAAUAUUAACACCAGAGAUGAAGAGAUUUCUCGUCUCCUGGACCUUGAUACUUAAAAGUAUCACAAGCUGCAUUGUGUGGCUUCUUUAAAGAGCAUUCCCUGACAUUUCAGGAGGUGACAAAAAUUCUCUAGUUCUUUCUUUACUUUCCAAAGAACUAAUAAUAAGCAGUCUCAUCCUACUUUUAACAAUUAACGGAUCGGCAUAGCAGAAUGUUAGACUUCCAUCACCAAGGACUGGGAGCUUUAAAAUACAUUUUCACCACCAAGUCCUUUUCUAAAUUUGUUGAGUUGCAGCUUUUAGCAGAAAGCACCACAUCACUUUAUGCAAGGUUUCCCUUUUUCACAAAGCUCCUAAAUUUUGCAGGAGAAAAAGAACCUAACUACAACAAUAACUCAAGUGCUGUUGAGUCACAAAUUGGCAGCAAGCUUUGCCUAGCGCAAGUGGAACAUUCAGCAUAGGAUUUUAUUGCUUAUUAUUAAAUCUGUAGAAUAAUCAGCAAUUAUGACAAUAUGUUAAAAAAAAAAGGCAAGCAAAAAUUUUGAUCAGGUUCUGUUCAAGUCAUUGCUAUGCUUGAAUUUGUUUUCUAUUAGAAAUUUGCAGAAAAAUUAAGCAGUGCAAAGCUUUUUUCAAUGGCAUACAGAAAAAAGCUUCCUGUUUUUUUCAGGGGAUUGUUGUGGGAUUUUUUAAGAAGAGAAAAAGAAACACCGUUCCAUGACUCUGUGGCCUUUAAAAACCUCCCCUUAUUUUUCUUGCUUCCAAAAUGCAUCUUUGUUUAGAACUUCUAUUGUUUUGCGUUGUUCAUGCUGUGUGAUAACAUUAAAGCAGAGAAGAGACAAAGUGUCUCAUUUAGAAAAAAACUCCCUCACUACCAUUUCAAGUGUAUUUUAUAAUUUUGUACAGUCAGAUUGAAAUGUAUAGUAAUGCAUUCCAUUAAUAAUACAGUGUACAGAAUAAGAUACUGUGACUACCUGAGACUACAAAUGUAGCCUCCAUUCUCACUUUCAAAUAAAAUGCAAAUACAGUAAUAAUUCUCCUCGUGUUAGGUGUAUAAGUAUUGCACUGUAAAUUGCUUUUAAAGAUUUUAUUGAAAUGGAACUUAAUCAUUAUAAUAGGUAAAAUACAUUAGAUUCUGUAUUUUAAAUCUCCACAUUCACAACUGGAUAAUUAAGUGCAUUUAAGUUAAUGGUGAAAGCGUGGGGGGAAGAAAGGUUUGAUUGCUAUUUAAGCUUCUGGUGAACUCAAAGAAAUUCAGUAACAUCUUGCGCUUCUGGAGGACACAGGCUUGAAAGGCCUGCCAGGUUUAUACUCUAAGGAGCUUGGUCCCUAAAACAGUGCAUGCAAAAUCCUUGUUUAAAACAGCUUAAUUACUGGAACAAGCACUGCAUACCAUCUCAAGAUCUGAGAAUGUACGCUAGGAAACAAAAUAAACAUCCUUAUAAAUAGUGUAGCCCUAGUUUUUAGAGAGGGACAACUCCAUUUUUACCAUUUAAGUUUUCACCAUGUUUACAAAAAAAUAAGUUUGUUUUCAAAGAGAGGCCCCUUCAUUCAUAGUCAUGUCCACCAAAAUACCAGUACCUUUCCAGUGAAGUUUCUUCUUCUUGUUUCCAACAACAAUACAGCUGCAGAUGGUACAUGCUGUCAUAUAGGCAUGCGGUCAUGGGAACAUGAAAUUUCUUAGUAAUUCCCUCGAAAGUAUGAAGGAGAUUGCUUCUCCAUUAAUGCCUGAAAAAUCCUGUUGUUAAGUUUUGGUGGUAGAUACAAUGCUACUGCACUCCUAAUUCAUGCCAUCUGCUCCUGCUUUCUGUCUCAAGGUUACCACUCAGAUUAUCUCUCCCUUAGCUAUUUAGACCUGCAGAGGAGCAGCAGUAACCUUCAGGAUACGUUAUACAGAGAGGACCCAUUAAGAAAAAUACAAAGGAAAAAAAAAAAUUUCAGGCUCUGUAACUUCCCUCUCUCCCGAAUCUGUAGUGCAGAGGUUAAGACAGCUCACUGUCUCGGUCAAGGAGAAAUUAAUUCUUCUUGCAAAUUAAUCAUCAGCUUACCAUACCGUAUUUAUACAUUACUUAUUAGAAGUAACAUAAGAAAACUGCUGCUGCUAAGGACCAGAAGCCUGUGUAAUACUAUCUAACUUGUCAUCAAAAGUGCAAAGUGAGCAAGUAUUAACAUUUACUAUGCAAACCCCACACAAUCCCUGCAUUUUAGAUGUCUGUUCCC